AGUAGGUACAGCAUCACAGGAGUGUCCAUGGGUACCCGGUAGACUCGCCGGCCUGAGCCGGAGGGUUUUCGCUGGAUUUGUUCUAGCGCACAGUCGAAAUGGUCGGUUUGCAGUUCAGCCCUAUUUUGUUCCUUACUGGGCAGUCUGGGCUUCCCCAGAAACCCUCAUGAUAAUGCACGAUAGUAUGCCACCCGACCGGCGCGUUAUGACCUAGAAGGGGAAGGCCGUGCCAAGUCCAAGCAUCUCAUGUGCCCUCGGACGGCAGAAGAGAACCUUGCCAUGCAAGCUGAUAUGGAUCAGAAGUUCAGAACAGGCGUAUAAGUAGGAGGUGGGCUGGCCUCGAUCAACAUGAACUAGGGAUUCUGAGCAAUACAUUGCCGGAAGUCGACUGGACGCUCCUUACACAUUUAGCAAUGUACUGGCCGGCUUUCUCCGCCUUCUCUCUUGCCUGCCUCGCCGGGACGGCUUGGGCUCAGCAGCCCAUUUGCGAUGUGGAAUGCCAGAAGGGCUGCAACGAUGAGUGCCAGACUGCCAUCCAGUCGGCCUUCGACGGCGAGUCCAAGCAGUGGGUGGGCGACAUCAUCAGCGACCCGUUCUAUACCACGCCGUCCAACAUCACCGGCGCUGUGCCCGGCGAUAUUCUUCGCUGGGAGGACGUGCCGACCAAGCAGCUCACCAACAACUGGACCAUUCCCGCGGGCCUCAGCCUCUCGCGUUUCAUGUAUGUGACAGAGGACAUUGACAACUCGUCCAUUCCGGCCACCGCUUGGGUCCUGCUCCCCUUCCACCACAACCUGCCAACACCAGGCGAGCCCGGGAAGCUGCGAACAGUCGUCUGGACCCACGGCACCGCCGGGCGCAGCCGCCUCUGUUCCACAACCAACAACAAGGGCCUGUACUACAACUGGCAGGCGCCGUUCACCCUCGCCGAGUCCGGCUAUGCCGUCAUCGCCCCCGACUAUGCCGGGCAGGGCUCCGACAUCCCUCAGGGGUUCAUGUACGAAGCCGGCUUCCUGCACGCCGCCGACGUUGCCUACUCGGUUAUCGCCGCCAGGAGGGCCAUCGGCGGGAUCCUGAGCGACAAGUGGGCUGUGUUCGGCCACAGCGAAGGCGGCAUGACGGCCUGGCGCACCAACGAGCGCCUGGCCCUGCCCGGAAACGAGCGGCUGCACAAGGCCGGCACGUUCGUCGGGGCCGUGGCUGCGGCGCCCGCCCUGCGUCCGCAGCGGCUGAUCCCGCUCUCGUGGGAAGAGACCGGCACCGGCGGCGGGCCCUUCUCCGUCUACUUCCUGCAGUCGCUGGCCAGACUGUACCCAGACCAGAUCAAGGUCGAGGACUACCUAGGCGAGACGGUCCUGCAGCGUCUGGGCCUGCUCGACAGCUCCUGCUUCGUGACCGGCUUCACCGCCGUCGGGACGCUCAGCCCGGACGCUACCUUCGCCAACAAGAGCUGGCUGGACCACCCCGCCACCAACGACUGGGCCGUCCGCUACAACGGCCAGGGCCCCCAUCGCCUGUCGGCGCCCAUGUUGGUGGUUCAGGGCGUUUCGGACACCAUCACGCCUGCGUCGCUGACCGUGGAGGACUUCAACCUCACGUGCUCUACGUACCCGGAGAGCGUGGCCCACGCUAAGCUGUAUCCUGGCAUGGGCCACGGGCAGGUGCUCGAGGCGGGCCGUGCUGAUAUUGCGGACUGGCUGGAUGCGAGGUUUAACGGCAAGUGUCUUCGGAAGGGGUGCGUGGUGGAGGAGAUUCGGCCUUUGACGGAGAGGUAUGCCCAGGGUGAGCUGUUCUGGGCGGCGGAGACCGUUGCUUUCUAGGGUUGCAUAGGUACAAUGCCUAAGGUACAGAUGGAAGGCGGAUCCCAUCAUAAGAAUGAGGAGGGAAGUUCAGAUAGUCAAUAUCGAAAUUACUCGAUUCCGAGUUG